CAAAAUCGCUUCUUCGGUUGGGUCAGCUUAUUGGGCGCAUUCCAAAUCCAACCUUUUCUUCUCUCUUCCCCAAAUAGAAUCCUUUCCCCCGAACCCUAAUCGUCCGCUCUUUCUUCAGAUCUCCGUAGCUUUCACAACUGAAGAUGUCAGGCGCUCCUCUAGAUAUGACGCUCGACGAUCUAAUCAAGAUCAACAAAAAGCCCGCCGGAAAUCGAGGCAGAGGAGGCCGACCCAACGGGCCCGGCCCGGCUCGACGACAGCCGAUCCGGUCUGCCAAUCGUCUCGCUCCCUACGCAGCCCCCAAGGCGCCUGAAUCGAAUUGGGGCCAUGACAUGUUCUCCGGAGGCGGGGCAGCUUCGAGUAUUGAGACUGGAACCAAGUUGUACAUAUCUAAUUUGGAUUAUGGUGUCUCGAAUGAGGAUAUUAAGGAACUGUUUGCAGAGGUUGGUGACAUGAAACGAUAUGGUAUACAUUAUGAUAGAAGUGGCCGAUCGAAGGGUACAGCUGAAAUUGUCUUCGCACGAAGACAAGAUGCAUUGAAUGCUGUCAAGAAGUAUAAUAAUGUUCAGCUUGAUGGGAAACCAAUGAAGAUUGAACUUGUUGGGACAAACAUUUCCACACCGGCCGUUGCCCUUCCACCCGUUGGUGCUUUUGUUGAUCCAUAUCUAGCUCCACCUAGGAGCACACAAGGGAGGGGUGGUUUCGGAAGACCGCGUGGGCGAGGGCGUGGAUUCGGAAGGGGGCGUGGACAGCAGCAGCAGCAGGGAAGAGGUCGUGGUGAGAAGCUAUCUGCAGAGGAUCUUGAUGCUGAUUUGGAGAAGUACCACGCAGAUGCAGUGCAGAGUAACUGAAAUACAUAUUAUUAAGGAAUGGCGUUCUGCAUUUGGCGUUAAAAGGUCAGUCUGGUAUCGUAUUUUGAUGGCAUUUGCUCUUUAAAAGAAGACAACGGGGAAGUGGAACAUGAACAUGAACACUUCACGUUAUUAUGUUGAUGACACUGUCUGUAUCUUUCAUUUAGAGUCGCGUGUAAUGACCCACCCCCAUCCCCAUCCCCAUCCCCCAUCCCCGGCCUACAUUUGUUUCCUAAUUAUACCGAGGAUUGAUUAUGGAUCCCUUUCCCUGAGCGAGAAUCAAAGACAGAUAGAUGUGAGGGGCAACUUGGAUUGCAGUCUUGUUUGUGAUAUGCAGCAGCUUGCAACUGACUUGAUCUGGUCCCAUCCAUCCAAUGCCUGCCUAUGAAAAGCUGUUGUCUGAAUCAGACAGAGGAGGUAAUGUUGGCGACAUGAUAUGGUAUGGUAUGCAUGCCCGGACUCGGACUCGGACUCGGUUAGUUUCUGAUGUUGUAAUCUUUGUGGAGGAAUGAAUGAAGGGAUCCACAGGGCAGAUCUCUGUUAUAGGA